GGAGCCCCGGCCGCUGGUGCUGGUGGCCGCCGCCACUGCCGGAACCUGAGCCGGAGCCGCCGCCUCUGCCGCCGCGCGUCGUUGCUUCGCAAGGCGGCGGAAUGCUGGGGAAAGGGGGAGUCGGCGGUGGCGGCGGCACCAAGGCGCCCAAGCCCUCCUUCGUGUCGUACGUGCGCCCUGAGGAAAUUCACACAAAUGAGAAGGAAGUAACAGAGAAGGAGGAAGUCACUCUUCACUUGUUGCCAGGUGAACAACUGCUCUGUGAAGCCAGCACGGUCCUGAAGUAUGUGCAGGAGGACUCUUGUCAGCUUGGUAUCUGUGGGAGGCUCGUCUGCACCGACUUCAGAAUCUCCUUCCUGGGGGAUGAAGGCUCGGCUGUGGAUAAUGGGGCGGAAACUCAUUUUAAGAAUAAGAUCAUAGGAGUAAAUGACAUUCCACUCCACUGUGUGGAUCAGAUUUAUGGAGUGUUUGAUGAGAAAAAAAAACCUCUGUUUGGACAACUGAAGAAAUACCCUGAGAAGCUUGUUAUCCAUUGCAAAGACCUGCGGGUGCUCCACUUCUGUCUGAGGUACACAAAGGAGGAGGAAGUCAAAAGGAUUGUCAGUGGCAUAAUCCAUCAUACCCAGAGUCCCAAACUGCUGAAAAGACUGUUUCUGUUUUCCUACGCAGCUGCUGUGCAUGGCACAGCUGCUGACCCCAGGAACUGUACCGUAAUGUUUGACACACCCAAAGACUGGUGCUGGGAGCUGGAGCGGACCAAGGGGAGUGUGAAGUACAAAACAGUGAGUGUGAAUGAAGGCUACAGAGUCUGUGACAGGUUGCCGGCAUACUUUGUUGUCCCCACUCCCCUUCUCGAAGACGAUGUGAAGCGUUUUCAGGGCCGUGGCAUACCAAUCUGGUGUUGGUCCUGUCACAAUGGAAGUGCCCUUCUGAAAAUGUCAGCACUGCCCAAAGAACAGGAUGACAGUGCUUUGCAAAUUCAGAAGAGCUUCUUGGAUGGAAUUUACAAGACUAUCCACAGGCCACCCUACGAAAUGGUUAAAACGGAAGACUUGUCAAGCAACUUCCUUUCCCUACAGGAGAUCCAGAGUUCAUACUGUAAAUUUAAGCAGCUGUUUCUGAUAGAUAGCAGUUCAGAAUUUUGGGACACAGAUGUAAAGUGGUUUUCUCUCUUAGAAAGCAGCGGCUGGCUGGAUAUAAUCAGACGCUGCCUGAAGAGAGCAAUAGAGAUUAUAGAAUGCCUGGAAGCGCAGAACAUGAACGUCCUCCUCUUGGAAGAGAACGCUUCUGAUCUCUGCUGCCUCCUAUCAUCUCUGGUGCAAGUGAUGAUGGAUGCCCACUGUCGAACCUGGACUGGGUUUCAGAGCCUCAUCCAAAAGGAGUGGGUCAUGGGUGGCCACUCUUUUUUGGACCGCUGUAACCAUCUCCACCAGAGCGACAAAGAGGAGGUCCCUGUGUUCCUGCUUUUCUUGGACUGUGUCUGGCAACUGGUGCACCAGCAUCCCCCGGCAUUUGAGUUCACAGAGACAUACCUGACUGUUCUGUCAGAUAGCCUGUAUAUACCUAUUUUUAGCACCUUCUUCUUCAAUUCACCUCAUCAAAAAGAUACUAACAUGGGCAGGGAGAGCCUGGAUGCACAAAGCAAGCCUUUGACGCUGCUCACCGUGUGGGAUUGGUCAGUACAGUUUGAACCCAAAGCACAGACUUUGCUCAGAAACCCUCUUUAUGUGGAAAAGCCAAAACUGGACAAAGGCCAGCGGAAAGGAUCACGUUUCAAACAUCAACGACAACUUUCUUUGCCACUUACCCAGUCUAAGUCAUCUCCCAAAAGAGGAUUUUUCAGAGAAGAAACGGAUCAUUUAAUCAAAAACCUUCUAGGCAAGAGAAUUAGUAAACUUAUUAACUCUUCCGAUGAUCUCCAGGACAACUCUCGAGAGUUCUAUGACAACUGGCAUAGUAAGCCCACAGACUACCAUGGCUUGUUGUUGCCUCACAUUGAGGGGCCUGAAAUCAAGGUGUGGGCUCAGCGCUAUUUACGUUGGAUUCCAGAAGCCCAAAUCCUGGGUGGUGGCAGAGUGGCCACUAUGGGCAAACUCUUGGAAAUGAUGGAGGAAGUGCAGAGCUUACAGGAGAAAAUAGAGGCAAGGCAUCACAGACAGGAGGCUAUCCACGUACAGGCGCCUGGCCUGCUCAGGAACUCUGCCCGCCUGUCUUCCCUGUUCCCCUUUGCAAUGCACCAGCGACAUUCAGCCAAGCCUGUCUUACCCACCAGUGGCUGGAAAGCUUUGGGAGGUGAAGAUGACCUGGCCAAACGAGAAGAUGAGUUUGUGGACCUAGGGGACGUGUGACUCUCUUCUCAGGGACUGUGAAAGAGGCACACUGUACGGUGGGACAAUUGUUCCUGGACUGGUGUCACGAUGUUAGCUCAGUGCUGUGAAGGAGAGAGCAGGGCUUUCAGGAAGAGAGCUGGUUCUCCUUUUCUUCCACAGUUCUGGAAGACAGCGCAACAAAGCCAUGCCUCUAGGAUGCAUAGGAGGGAGUUCCUACUUGACCUGUCAUAGGAUUGGGGUCAUUUCCUGACAUCUGUAUUAUAUGUACACACAAUGGCUCGUGGCCAGGCUGCUGUGAGAGCCUCCUGAUUUCUCUGUGCCAAGAUAAUUACAUAGCCAUUUCGAACAAGAGUAAGGGCAGCUUUAUGCGGCAUCUAAGUGGAGAGACAGAGGAUUAAGAGAUGUGCUUUGUCUUAAACCAUAUUCCAGCGUGCACACACACACAUGCACGCACCACAGAAAAGUUGACAGUUCUUCUGGUGUCAUCCAUCCUAAUGUUCAGUCCCUCCUUCCUGAACUGUAACAAGGCACAGGGUGGGUGGGGCAGCCGCCUUCCCUUUUCCUUUGCUGUCAUUCCCAUCUUACCUUUUCCUGUUCUGUGCCAUUCUGGGGGUCCACUCGGUGCACAUCAUCCCAGGGUCUUGUUGCUGACCUGGGGAAGGUCCUCUGGCUUCCACGGGGGAGCUCUUGGAGCCCUGUUUUGUUCUUUUCUUUUUUUUUUUUUUUUUUGGUUCUUUUUUUUCCGGAGCUGGGGACCGAACCCAGGGCCUUGCGCUUCCUAGGUAAGCGCUCUACCACUGAGCUAAAUCCCCAGCCCCUGGAGCCCUGUUUUGACUGCACACUUGGCUCUCUGCUCGAAUACCAAGGCUCGGGGCACCUAGAGACUCUCAGCAGCCCCUCAGCUCCCUUUGCCUCCCCACUACCCUCAUGAUGCUGGGGCAAGCAGGACAAUUCGAAUGUGGCUCUCACAGGAAAGCAGCCAUGUCAGCAGCAAUUAUCACAGGAUGCCUCAGUGAUUGAAAAAGCCAUAGAAGGGAACUCAGCCCUGCCUAGUCACCGUGGGUCUGCUGUGUUAAAGAUACAUAUUUUCUUACUGUUUGAAAGCAUACUUUGUAAGGCUUCAUGCUGUCAUUCUCAACAAAGCUCUGUCCAGUCCCACAGAAGUGUAGAGAAGAGGGAGUGGGCAAGGGACCUCACUGAGACUGCCUCACAUGUUUGCCUUUUUUCUCUAUUUGCUGGUAGGGAGAGGUCCUGUUAGGAAAUCUCUGUUGCUCAUGGGCAAUAAGGCAUUUUGGAACUUAACAAAAAGUCCUUUCUGAUUGCACUGAAUUAUCUUUCAUAUGUAGUGAUCAUUUUUCCUCGGCUCCCUCCACAGUAGCGCACAGUCUGGGUUGGCGUGUUGACUCAGCAUGUUGGGGGGUGGGGGUCAAGAUCUGUGUUUCUGGGACCAAAUGCACUCAGUCUCGGUUGCCUUAAGAAUCUUUCAGGCCAGGCCUGCGCUAGGAGUGCGCUAGGGAUCUAGAACACGCCCGUUCCUAGCUGCCUACCUUGUGUUCCUUGGGCUCUCUUAAGCUAGCGCUAACUGCCACGCCCUCAGCCUCUGCUUCACAAGUCCUCAGUGGAGAGAACUAUUUUUGUUACCGUAUUAUAGCAUGAAUAUUUAUAUGGUAGCCUCUGCAGUCUUAGUGAUUUCUCUCCCCCCCCCCCAAAAAAAAAUUGCCUCAUGUGAUGUUUUAUACUUCACAAAGUAUGGUUUAAAGGCACAAGGUCAUCAUCCUUGUUAUAUCAGUUGAAUGUGCAUUGAAAUAUUUUUCUAUGCUUUUUUUAAAUCACAAUAGAAAAGGUAAACAAGCUGUUGCAACCUGUGUGGUUACGACAAUUUAUGUUAUGUAUUUAUAUUUGAAACCAGAUUUCUAUAACUUGCAUUUCUGUACAGAACUUUCCAUAGGUUUAUAUAUUGUGUAUUUUUAUUCAAGAUUGAGAUGUGGUUUAUGUUUAACAUUAAAAGAUAAAAUAAGACCCUUUGUUUAAAACACACUGUGCAAGUUUGGAAGUGUCUGUUAAUAAUUUACUGUAUAUAAUACUUGCCUUUGUUUAUACCUCCAAGUUUUUACACUGAAGAUAAACUAGCUUUAAUUAAAUUUUAAAAAUUUAAGGGAAUAAGCUGUUCGGCUGAGUCAGUUUAAAUGUGCAGUUUAUUUUCGGGGUGUUGGUGGAAGUUUAUACAUGCCUCACUGCAUUGUAACUGACUGCAGAGAUUAAAGAACAACUUUCAAUCAGCGCCAUAACUGA